AUGUUUACGCUGGCGACCACCCUUCUGAAUGUCACAACUUUUUUUGCUGGAGCUCUCCUAGACUCCCUAGGACCACGAAAAGCAGGCAUGAUCGCCGUGAGCUGCAGCGCCUUAGGCUCGCUGCUCUUUGGAUCGGGAUUUUACUACUUAAGGCUUACCACAUUACAACCUCCACUUACAUCCUGGACCUUUUUUCAAGUACAACUCCGAAAAUAGAGCAAGGAUGUUCAUCUCAGGACUGCAAUGUCGCAAUCUUUAAACUACACCGGUUUCCAGGUGAUGGCUGUAGUUGGACCACUCGUGUACAUGUGCACCAUCAGCUUCGCGAACUUGUAUCCACGAAAUGGUGGUCUGAUCACUAGUGCAUGCGUCGGAGCGUUCGACGCCAGUAGCUGCAUUUUCGUGCUUCUGAGCAUCCUGAUGAGUGUGUUCCCCUUCAACACCGUCUUCCAGGCCUAUUCGUUAGUCGGCUUUACCUUUGCUGUGUUGUUCUUCUUCGUGUAUCCAGACACGCCAAUAGAAGCAGAGAAAGACGAGGUUAAGGCACCAUCUAGGACGCCCUUAUGGCAGUCUGCACUGAGCUUUGUGCGAGAUUACUUGUAUUGUAUUGUAUACUAGAUGGUAAUAGCAGGGAUUGAAGAGAUCUUCGAUGUUGAUUUUCUUGCACUUUGUCUUCUGAAACAACUCCGAUUGUUGAUUCAUAAUGGUUUACGCUCUAACAAGAAGAGUCCAGCAGACGAAACGAUUAAAAGUCCGGAGGCGAGGAAAAGCAUAGAUCGUGGUGAGCCACACAUUAGACGGACGAGCUCGCCGUUGCCUGAUGGAACAUCGCUAGUGAUUAACGUCAUCGAUAUCGAUCAGAUAACACCAAAAAGAUCCUCGGCCAAUGGAACUUCAAGCCCUUUUCCUGCAGAAACGGGCUUCUUAUGUAAAAAAGCUGCACUAAUUCUUUUUCAAUAAAUGAUGUCACUGAUACACAUUCAUUGUCGCUAUGCCAGUCCUUGAUGUGGGAAAAACCUUUCCCUAUUAAAGAGUGUCACAGUCAUCCCCACUGUGCUUUUUCUCUCUCCAUAUGAUUCUCCACUUUACCCUUUCAUAACCCCUUUCCACAACGAAACAACAAAGAAAACUCAAGGAUGCGCCAGACGAAGCCGCUCGGACCAUGGUAGAUUCUACAAUGCUUAUGGCUACGAAGAGUUCUGUAGCAUGAUUACUCUAGAAGAACUAGAAGGUGUCAACAUGUUGAUCCUCAUAGAUACUGAACGCAUCUUCAUCGCAAUGAUCCUCUAUCAUCUCUAAUGCCCAGCAUGCAUCACCUUCAGCGUCGCCUUGUAGAAGUCCUUCCAAUUCCAGAGUCCCUUCGAAAAAGAGCUCUCCUCUCAGUAACUGGUCUUGGGCCUCUGUGUUGCAGAUAGAACGCGGCCAAUACGCGGUAUACGACGGCUUGUCUCUGACAGAACAAGUCUCUUCCGUGGAUUUUCUCCUCUUCGCGUUUGCCGCGAGCUGUUACAUGGUCCGGCUCAAUUUCUUCAUCGAGAGUGUGCCACUGCAGAUGAACGAAUUCUCUACGUCAUGGGAACAAGCGGAUAAUAGGACGCACUUGUUCUCAAUCAUUUUGCCGGCUGCAGGUAGUUUGUUUUGACCAAUUUCAACGUUCUUUUGUUGAGAUGGGUUCAUCAUCUUUUACAGUUAUAUUUAAGGAUCGGUUAGCCUGGAAAAUGCAUCCUGAUCGAAUAGAAUUGCGAUAGCCUCCUUCUAAGGACCACAACUACUCUUCUUAAGGGUAGGUUAAAGGUGCUUUUCUUACCGCUUUUUAUGCCUCUCCUAAGGGAGAAAGGCAUAAAAAGCGGGGUAAGCAAGCACCAAAAGCCUACCUCUAAUCUUAUCACUCCCACUACACACACAUCUCCACAUAGCAGGUAUCGUCGGCGUUCCCCUGAUCGGUUUUAUCACUGAUCAGUGUGGUAUGUGCGCGUCUUGGGCAACGCUGUGGGUUCUCUUUCUUCUCUUCGAGUGUUUCGAGGAAGCUGGUUACGAGCUAACAGCGUUCUUUCUCAUCUCCUUUGCUCGACCACUUUUAAGGCUACUCAUAAGUAUUACUUCCCUCUCGUACGUAGUCCAUCUUGUAUAAUCUUUCUGUCUCUACUAUUUAGGGAUCGAUCAUCCGUCCCUCAUCAAGCUCCCUACCUACUAGAAGUCGGAUAAUAUUGAUAUUCUUGUUGAAGGAGGACGAUCUCAAGGAGGGACAAACUAGAGGCACGACCUCUAACACUCUUGUACACGAUGAUUGCGGUGUUUUCUUCUAGGCGUUUCGGGUUUGCCUCGUUUGGGAAACUGUACGGUGCAGUGAUGAGCAUCGCUGGCAUCGUGAACAGCUCGCAAUAUUACCUGCAUCUACUGUUAUGUGCUCAAAUGUGAUGGACCGUAAUAUGCUCUACUGUUAUGUGAUGUGCCGCAAUGUGCUCGCUUGUGAUGGACCGUAAUGUGCUAACUAUGGAGCACCAGCACUUGAACUUGUGCUGUUUAGAUUCUCCUCUAAACCCUGUCCUCCAGAAGUUCGACGGCGAUUACAUUCCUGUAAACCGCUGCCUUACGGGAGUGCAAUUUUUGACAGUCUCCUUGCCACUGUAUCUCUUAUGGGAUGCAUGGAAGCGAACCCUCGGAUCAUCUGCAGGGUCACGCGAUAGUGGGAAAGGAGAUUUCCGACUGUCAUCGAAGUCGUUGGCCACUCCACUGCUGGAAACUCCUGGUUCCUUACAUAGUUUGGGCUCGCGACGGGGGUCUGUCAGGGUGUCGUAAUCUUGCUUGCUGCGACAUCAGGAGCCCGAGGUGAUGUGCAUGUGGGGCAAUAACCACGACAAGUAUGCUUCUGAUUAGAGUUCUAAGUGGUUCUUGGGUGCAUGAGGUGUAAGCAUGUGCACUAAUUAGUAAGGGCAGCUAAUAUGAAGAUCACGGGUCUGAAAAUUUUUGGCAGUCUAAGUGGCAUCAGAGGACAUUGUCAUGUGAAGUCUGUGUCAUCCUCUUCGUGUCUAGUCUUUGCAUGUUGUGUCUACAGUAAUUUAUCGGAAUUUCUUUUGAAGAGGAAGAACCAACCUACUUUAUGCAUCGAUUGCACAGAAGGAACCUCUCGCGCGAUAUUAACUAUGCUCAGGGGGCAUCCAUUCUUUCCUUGUACGCUUUAGAGGACUUUUUCUAGUUAGUCGCUCAACACAAAAAAGUUAGUACUAUGAUGUCUGUGUAAAAAGAAAAUGAAUAGCAUUGUCAACAUUCUAAUUCUGAUCAUUUUUUUUCUCUUUUUUUAUCAUCAUUUUUUAUGCCUUGGAUUUUCUCUUGACCUACUUUUUACACGAUUUAUUUUCACGAUUUAUUUUGGUUCCAACUCCAAGGAGGGAAAGAACGAAAAAUGACAUAGAAGGACAUCACUUGUCCUUGUCGAGCCUUUCUGUGUGCAUGUUUGUUAUUUGGCUAUCGACAGACGACAGCAUGUCUGAAAUCUCCCAAUGUCCCAAUCCAAAUAGGUUGUCUGUCAGCGAUCUCAUGUAACCUUAACCAUUGUGAAUAGAAAAACAUAUGACUUCAUAUGCUCCAUGACAUGAUGCUGACCAAAACCAACAUCUGCGUAACUGUACGACGUGUAUCAGCUUCUAGUGUGCUCGUUAUUCUUGGGUUUUUUUUUCUAUACUAGUAGUGAACAGAUUGUCUAUUUCAGGUAGCAGGUCCGUCUUCGGGUCCACAACAUAUAUUUUGAGUGGAGUACCGCACAAAGAAGAACUUAUUCAUUGCAGUUUUACUUAACGAAACAAGAAGAAGAACUACAACUACAAUAUAAUGAAAAUGCUAAUGCUUCACUGCUUCAUCUACUUACACUUUCAGUUGUGGUAAAAACAAUCCAUUUCCAUUAUUCAAUCCAAAUUUACAACAUCUACUUACAUUUUUUUAUCAAGUUAAAAGUCAAUCAUUCAACGUCAACAUCAACCAUGGUCCCCACUUCCAUCCAUUUAACUAUUCCACUCAAUCAUCAAUCUCCAUUUAUUUUCAACCUCCAUUUAUUUUGUCUGUCAUUUUGAUUCGGCGCUGUCACUCGCUGUUACUUGACAAGAUCAAGAAGAGACAUGAAACUUUUUCUCCAGCAGUAGACCCUGAUCACCUGGUGAUGAAAUAUACGAUAUACAAUCAUUCGCCACUUGAUGAGCCAUGAGUGAAUGAGUCGUGUCUACUUGGAAUAUUCUUGAUAUUUUAUUAAAAAGAUGAACCGCCUGUCGUGCUUGUAAAGAAUUAGCUUCUGCGUAUGCCUGCGUUGUAUUAUGCCCGUAUCACAAG